AUGCCCCGCCAACGACCUGCUGCUCGAUUACCGAGCGAAGCACCCUCCGAAACCUCCUCCUCAACGUCACCGGAACGCGCCGCAGAUGACGACACGGACUUCUUCAUGGCCCAGGCCAACGAUUCACAAUCCUCGAUUGGAGUUGCCAAUUUUCGCGAUCUCCACGUGCAGACCAACCGAUCUGCUCCAGUGCCCCCGAUCGGCCACCUUCCUCCGGAGAUCCUGAUCGCAAUAUUUUCCAAGCUGGUGACCCAAGCGGACAUGCUGAACUGCAUGCUAGUCUGCCGUAGUUGGGCUGCCAACUCUGUCGGCAUCCUAUGGCAUCGACCAGCAUGUGGUAACUGGGAUAAGUUGAAGAGCGUGACGGCUUCUGUGGGGAAUCCAGAGAGUCUUUUCACUUACGCCGACCUUAUCAAGCGACUCAACCUGUCCGCUUUGGCGCCUGAUGUCAGCGAUGGCACAGUCGUCCCCUUCACUCAGUGCAAGCGCAUCGAGCGACUGACUUUGACCAACUGCUCCAAACUCUCCGAUAAGGGUGUUUCAGAUUUGGUAGAGGGCAACCGGCACCUGCAGGCACUGGAUGUCUCCGACUUGCGACACCUAACCGACCACACCCUCUAUGCGGUUUCAAGAAACUGCCCGCGUUUGCAGGGCCUCAAUAUCACCGGCUGCAACAAGGUGACCGACGACUCGCUUCUCAUCGUAUCACAAAAUUGUCGACAGAUUAAAAGGCUAAAGCUCAACGGCAUUGAUAAUGUCACCGAUCGGUCUAUUCUGUCCUUUGCAGAGAACUGCCCCGCCAUCCUGGAGAUUGAUCUCCAUGACUGCAAACUUGUGACCAGUCCAUCUGUAACGGCUCUCAUAACCACCCUCCGUCACCUCCGAGAACUGCGCCUCGCACACUGUAUUGAGAUUAAUGACUCGGCAUUCCUUAACCUUCCGGAAGGCAGAACGUUUGAAAGCCUAAGGAUUCUGGAUCUCACGGCAUGUGAGGAAGUGAAAGACGAUGCUGUGGAGCGCAUUAUUAGUGCUGCGCCACGUCUACGAAAUCUGGUGCUGGCCAAGUGUCGCUUUAUCACAGAUCGCUCAGUACAAGCCAUUUGUAAGCUGGGCAAAAACCUACACUACGUGCACCUAGGUCAUUGCUCCAAUAUUACCGAUGCUGCGGUCAUGCAGCUCAUCAGGGCUUGCAACCGUAUCCGAUACAUCGAUUUGGCUUGCUGUAACCGCCUGACCGACACCAGUGUGCAAGAGUUGGCUAGUCUACCCAAACUACGACGUAUUGGUCUGGUCAAAUGCCAGUCUAUCACGGAUUUGAGUAUCAGGGCUUUUGCAAACCGUCGAAACAGUCCGGCGAUCAGUAACCUGGAGCGUGUCCACCUUAGCUACUGCACUGGGCUUAGCAUGAAUUCCAUUCGGCCUUUAAUUAAUCAGUGUCCACGACUCACCCAUUUGAGUCUAACGGGAGUCCCAGAGUUCUUGAACCCGGCACUCACUAAAUUCUGCCGAGAAGCCCCACCAGAGUUUACGCAACAGCAGAGAGACGUAUUCUGUGUGUUCAGUGGGGAAGGUGUAUCCCAGCUUCGGAACUUCUUGAACAGAGAUGAAACCGAAGCCACAAUGUACGAUGACGAUGACGAGUUGGACGAAGAUGCGGGGCAGAUGACUGGCCUAAUGGAUGCUACAGGCAUCAACGACGAAGAUUACAUCGAUGUUGAAACUCUUCCAUGA